GGAUACACAAACAAAGACAAAUGCACUUCCUCGAACAUAAGUCUACUGAAUAUGAGUAAUUAUCCCUCAGACAUGUCUCAGUCCUAGGAGCAGCAGGUUUGAUUCAUAAAGGCAAUUUUUUCUUUAAAACUACAACUCCCUACAGCCAUCCUGUUUAGGCCAGCGUAAAAAAAAAAAAAAAAAAAAAAUCAAUGUGACGCAUGAAUUGGUCAGUCACCUGAUUGGUUAAAAAGCAGAUACACAGUGGAAAGAAAGAGAAGGAGAGAAAGGGAGAGGAAGAGAGACAUCAAGGGAGAGAAAGCUUACUGGAGUAUGAUCUCCAUGCGGGAGGCAGGCGAUGGUCUCCAGACUCAGAUGAACUCUAUGAUGGGAGCUUUGCAGGAGCUGAAACUCCUUAAGGUGCAGACUGCUCUGGAACAACUUCAGCUCUCCUGCAAAACCAGUCAGCAUUACCAACACUCUUCUCACAGACCCAUAACCUCAGACUCUGGCCUCACACAUAAUUUAAAUCAUACCUCAGUAGGAAGCAGACAAAAAGAAACCCGGAUUUCAGAACAGCCAAAAAAACAUACAUUUACAAGAGAAUCAAGUUUGUCUGAUCUAGAAAUGGAGCCCUCUAAAUUCCUCACCAGCUCCCCAUAUGAGAAAUGUAGUCUGGCUCCAAACCCUGUAUCCAGAAGGCAGGAACCUAGAGGAACCCACCAUCGAGGAAGUCUGUGCACCUCUGCUUCAUUCUCCAGCUCUGAGGAUGACAGCUUCUCUUCUUGUGAUUCUAGAGACAACAUCCAUUCAGGCAACACUGGAAGACAUUCAACCUCAAGAUCCACCUUUAAAGAGCAUCAGUCUUCGUUCCAUUCAGCCACAAUGACUGAUCUCCAAGGUCUAAUGACCACACUUUCACGGGAAGGGCCCUCUAUCGACAGUGAUUUUUCUCAAUUCGACACGGAUGACUCCAGCGACUGGACAUCCUCUCUGAUGAGUCAAAGCCGCAACAGACAGCCAUUAGUGCUUGGAGACAAUGUCUUUGCUGAUUUAGUGGGUAACUGGCUGGAUCUGCCUGAACUGGAGAACCGGAUAUCUGAUGAGGCAGAGAGCACAGGAAGAAUUGCUGAAGCAUCUCAGCAUCCACUACGACUCAGCUGCUCUCAGGAGUUUUGUAGGCGACUCUCUCUAACCACCAGCAUCUUCAAAAAGGUCUUGCGGAGUAUUCGGCCUGACCGGGAAAAACAUCUCAAGGAGAGACCAGGAUGGUUACACCUACAGGAUGAGGAGGAAACCCUCUUUAAAAGAGCCAAGAAGAAGAAUAAAGCAUCCAAACCUAAAGAUAGUGUCUAUAAGCCAUUCUGGACAAGAGUUGGUGGAUUGAAAGCAAAAAGCAAACCAAAAACAGACAAUACAGAAAUGAAAAUUUCAAAAGGGCCAAUGUUUGAUUAUAGCUCUGCAGUCUGGGUUUAAAACUUCACAGGUUUGUUUGUUGCUAAAUAAGCGUGGAAUGUUUGCAAGUUAGAAGAGAGAAAAUUAAGACUGUUCUCAAGAACUAUUUCAAAUUUAGAAGCCAAUAAUGAACACAUGCAGAGAGGGUGUAACAGAGGUGUAUUUGUUAACUCUCUUUUUCUGUCUUGUCAUCAACCGUGUUCUGAAGGUAAAGGUAUCCCUUUGAUCCUUUUUUUUUUCAGAAAACAAUAGCUCCCCAACGUGCAAGCUUGAGCAUGUAAUUAUCACUAGUGUGCAUUCCUUUACCAUAGAGUCAUCCAUAUACAGUGUCACAUACUGGAUCUUUGAAUAAAAUUUAUGUAUACAAUGCUCUCAAAAUAGGAUAUAUAGUAAUUGGAAAAAGGAGACUAAGGUCCUUUUGGGAAAUACAAGCAGUCUGUUCCUGAUGAGUCAAAUUAACUAGUGUCAAUCUGUUCAUUGAUUGUCUGCCUGUUUGGACCUUUAAGGUAGGCUUGUUCAACUGUCAGUCAAAAUCAAGUGCUGAAUAAACCAGGAAAAAUAAGCUAAAUACCAUUUAAAUAAGGAACCAAAGAUGUUCACAUAUAAAAAUGUAACAAUACAAUACAUUUCUUUAAUAUACAAUAUGAUGUUGAUCUUCUGCAAAUGCUUUUCCACUACUGAUAUUCCACAUACUAUAUGAUUUCUUUUUAGAAACUCAUAUGACAAACAUUAUUCCAGUAUGAGCCUAUGUGAUUGUAAACACAUACAGAAGUAUAUGCAGCAAAUGUCCUCUCUCUAGCAUAUAAGGUUAAUGCGCACAUUUGACCAGUUUACCUGAACAGUUACUGGAACACAGCACACAGUUGUGAUUAACUGAGCAAUUAAUUUCAUUGUUCAAAUAUUCACUCAAAGCUAAGUAAGGUUUAUUAAGCAUGUUUGAAAUUUAUUUACUUUUUGUGAAUGUCCAAGCUUUAAUACUGUAUGUACACAAAAUAGCUUAUCAUAAUCUAUCUUAAAUAUAUUUUUUCUUUUGUAAUUAUUUUCUAUA